UCCUCUCCUCGUCUCGACGUCUCCCAACCGCCGCCUGCUCCGUUCCCCUCCUCCGCGCCGCGGCACCUCCGUGAAUCCCCAGGACUCCGAGGAGGGCCACCCGGCGCCUCGGCGGUUGGCCAUGGCGGGGAACCCCGACGCGGGGGGCGGCGCCAAGGUGGUGGUGGCGGCGGCGCAGGCCGAGAGGCGCGUCGCGCUCGGGGACCUCACCAACGUCGCCGCCGGCGGGCGCAGGCUCGGCGGGGCACUCACGGAAAAGGAAGUGGGUGAAGCUACAAAGUUAAAACCUUGCUCCACAAAUGCUGAGUGGUUAAAAGAAAAGCUAUUGGAGAAGCAGGGGCACAGGGAAAGAGCAGAGAUGGAACUACCGAAGCUGAAGAAAAUUGAAGCUAAAGCAGAUAAGCUAGAGCUUGAAUUUGGAUCAUGUAAAGUGCUGCUCAGUGACAAACCUGACGUGUCUCCUUAUGGCGAUGUACAUCAAAAACAAGCAUUAACAAAUUUGGAUGAAAUUGGUGAAGCUACCCUUGCUAAGGAUAGUGCUGAAAGUGGGACUGGGGAGGUCAGCUGGCUUGAACAUCCGCUUGCUGCAGUCAGCAAAGAAAGAGAUAAACCGAUGAAGGACCAAUCUAUGCUGACUAAACAGGAAACAAGAAAUGCUGAUGAUAUAUCGUUGAAGGAUAUGUUGUCAGGUUUAAAUGGAAUGGACAAAAUAUUUAUAGCACUGGAGAGAACUAUGGAUGAACUGAUUAGUCGUCAUCAAGAUGAACAUAUUUUUAAUGAAAGGUUAAGCAUCGAAAGAAGCAAAGUGCAGUCUUUAGAGCAAGAGAUAGAUCAGCUACAUUCACAGGUAGCCCUACUGCAGUCAAAGUUGGAUCAUGGGGAUAACUCUGCCUCAAGCACAGAAGUACCUUGUGCAGUAGAUGCUCUUUCAGUGGAUAGUGAAACAAAGGCAAAGCUAAAUGAAACAGAAGCCAAGUUGUGCGCAGUUGAAGAAUUAAAAGGACAAGCUGGUGGUGCAGAGAAACAGCCUAUUUUCAUUGAAAUACGUGAUGAUGAGGAUACAUGCAUGUGGUAUGAUGAUGAUGAGAAACCUUCUCUCAUAUCAAAUGACUCUGGCAGUGGAGAACCAGGGUCUGAACUGUGGCAAUUUACGGAGAAUGAUGAAUGGUUUUUCCGUGGAAAUAAACUAAUGCUCUCUUCUGGAAUGAAGAAACACCUGAGAGAGCUCUGUGGUUAUGCCCCACCAGAGAUCCCAUUUUAUGUAUACCAAAUGAAUAAAUCAAACUUGAAGAGAAGGGGAAGGAUGCGGCUCUCUGCAAAGUACAUCUCUAGGCCAUUGCUUUCUUGCAUGGAUAAAGGGGUGGGCUUUGCUCAUUUUGAAGUCGAUGGGCAAGAUCGUGGUACUGUUAGAGUGCAGCUUAAUGCAGAUGGCCGUGCGAGUCUCACAAUGGGCUGGGAAAACGUGGUUGCAGCUAAGGAUAUUAAAGUUGGUGACAUAUGCGCCUUUCACUUCAGGAUUUCUGAUGGUGUUCUUAAGCUGUCCGUCCAUGUGUUCCAUGCGGUACGCCACUUUGUGUGCGUGAGAUAAGUGCAAGCCAAGUGUUUUUGGCCGUUUAGUGCAGACUGUAAACUAUGCCCGUGGAAUGAGAAGGGCAUGUAACAUUGCUAGAACUUUAGUGUAACUAGAUCAGCAUGAAGUGCCAAAGCAGCAGUAACCUAUCUCAUCUCGCAGUGUUUACCUGAGGCACAACUUUGUUCCUGUAAACGUAAUUUUAAUGCUGCAAGGCAUGUAGUACUCAAUUGCACUUUGUCAGCAUUCACCACCAUUGCUGUUGUCAUGAUCCUUGUGCAUGACAACCCUA